AUGUCAAAUUCAGGUGAUGAAAUAGAAGAUGAUGAAAGUAAUGAUUCACGUGAUGAAAAUCGUAAAAAUAUCAAAUAUAAA